AUGGCCACAGCAGCACAGCACACCCCCACACAAACAACAACAAGACAAUAUAUACGCAAUCUCUUUGAAAAUAUCUCUUUGUUAUUUUUUUGGUAUUUGUUUUUUGUGUUUCUGUCGGCUUCCGCCAAAAAGGCGCCCAACCCAAAGGUUGCAUCUGUCGAGAAGAAAGUUAAAAGUAAGAAGGUGGCGUCAUCGUCGUCGGCGGCAACCAAGAAGACAGCAAGCCCUAAAAAAGCAGCCGCUGCCGGUGACAAGAAACUAAAGGUGAAGAAGUCAGUCGCCACCAAGAAGACCGCCGAGAAGAAGAAAACUGAGAAGGCAAAGGCUAAGGAUGCGAAGAAAACUGGAAUCGUGAAGGCGAAGCCAGCAGCGACAAAGGCCAAGUCGAGCCCAGCAAAACCAAAGCCAAAGCCAAAAGCAAAGGCUGUAGCUGCAGCGGCAUCUGUCAAGCCCAAGAAGACAACGAAGAAGCCAGCAGCUCCCGCCACUGUAAAGAAGCCGAAAGCCAAGACGACAGCGGCCAAAAAGUAAAGUGUGAAACAGUACACGUUGGUGUACAAGGUCGCAUUCGAAAUUUUAGAUGUAUCCGUCUGAAAUUGAUUUAAACAAGCCCUUUUCAGG